AUGGAUGUACAUAACAUGUGGUUUUUCACCCUGGGAAGAGGCUGGAUAUGGUUUGCUACCCAAGAAAAAAGAUGGUACUUUAUGGUUUGGUGCCCCAGGAAGAAGCUUGUUAUAGUUUCUCACCCAGGAAAGAAAAGUUACCAUAUGAGUUGGUGCCCUUGGAAGAGGCUGGAUGAGCUUCAGAAGCAAUUAAAUUUCUAUGAAAAACACAAUGCUGUGUUAACUGAUCAGCUGUCGACAUUACGAAAACACAGUAUGCAGGUUGAUGCUUUGAACAGUAAGUUUGAUAAAGCCCUCGUCCAGGUUGAGGAAUUACGAAAAGAGAAUGAAAGACUGCAUACUGAGAAUGCUGGCUUAAAAGCCGAUGUUGAAAAAUUACAAACUUAUGAAGGACGAUGUGAAAUUCUUUCCAUAGAGUUGAAAGAUGCCAAUCAGAAAAACAAGGAGUUAAAAUUUAAAGCAAGCAAGUUGGAGAAAGAACUUGCAACGGCUACCUCUGCCAGUCAGGACAGCUGCCUUGACAAGGAUAAGUUGAAGAAAAGAUUACUGCAGUUGAACCUAGAAACAGAAGCACAGUCUAAGAAGGGAGAGUUGCAGCAUCAACAGUUGAAGGAUUUUCAAUCGCAGUUAAUGGAAAAAGAUGCGCAACUCAGAGUGGAGCAGGAAGAGCGUGAACGACUACUUGUUCUUGUCGAUACCCUGAAUGAAGAGUUAAGACGAACUCGCGAUCUUCUUGAUCACCGACAGCAAGAACAACCACCAAUCAUAGAGAAGCAAAGUUUCAAGGAGUACAUCCGAAUGAAAAGGGAGAUGGUGUCGCUACGAGAGGAAAACAACAUGCUAAAGGGCAGAAAAUCCAAGCAUCACGCCCUGCCUAGAUUGAAAAUAGAAUCUCCGGAAACAAGAUUUCACAGCACAAACGGCUCAGCUGAAUCUAAAGAUCGCACCCAAGUGUACACCAAGGCACAUGCGCCAGUCUCAUACACUUUUAACCCAUUAAGCAAAAAAUGA